AUGAAGACAAGUAAAACCAUUCAGUGUGGAAAGUACUUCAAAUAUAGAUCACAGCUUCCUGUGAAGCAAAGAAUACACAGAGGAGAGAAACUUUCAGAGUAUGGAAGGAAAUUCAAUCAGAGUAGAAAUCUCCAACAGCAUAGAAUAUGCAAAGAUGAUAACCGUUUUGAAUGCUCAGAGUGUGGAAAGAGAUUCAAUAGGAAUGGCCAUCUUCAACUGCAUCAAAGAACCCACACAGGAGAGAAACCUUUUGAAUGUUCAGAGUGUGGAAAGAGAUUCAGUCAGAGUGGCAGUCUUCACUCACACCAAAGAACCCACACAGGAGAGAAACCUUUUGAAUGCUUAGAGUGUGGAAAGAGAUUCAGUUGCAGUGGCAAUCUUCAAGAGCAUCAGAGAAUCCACACAGGGGAAAAACCUUUUGAAUGCUCAGAGUGUGGGAAGAGAUUCAGUCAGAGUGGCCAUCUUCAAAAGCAUCAGAGAACCCACACAGGGGAGAAACCUUUUGAAUGUUCAGAGUGUGGAAAGAGAUUCAGUCGGAGUGGCCAUCUUCAAAAGCAUCAGAGAACCCACACAGGGGAGAAACCUUUUGAAUGUUCAGAGUGUGGAAAGAGAUUCAAUCGGAGUGGCCAUCUUCAAGAGCAUCAGAGAAUCCACACAGGGGAAAAACCUUUUGAAUGCUCAGAGUGUGGGAAGAGAUUCAGUCAGAGUGGCCAUCUUCAAAAGCAUCAGAGAACCCACACAGGGGAGAAACCUUUUGAAUGUUCAGAGUGUGGAAAGAGAUUCAGUUGGAGUGGCCAUCUUCAAAAGCAUCAGAGAACCCACACAGGAGAGAAACCUUUUGAAUGUUCAGAAUGUGGGAAAAGAUUUAGUAGACGUGCUCAUCUUCAAAGUCAUCAAAGAAUACACACAGGGGAAAAACCAUUUGAAUGCUCAGAAUGUGGAAAGAGAUUCAGUGAAAGUGGCACUCUUCAAAACCAUCAGAGAAUCCACACAGGGGAGAAACCUUUUGAAUGCUCAGAGUGUGGAAAGAGAUUCAGUCAGAGUGGCGGACUUCAAUCACACCAAAGAACCCACACAGGAGAGAAACCUUUUGAAUGCUCAAGAUGUGGAAAGAGAUUCAGUUCAAAUGGCAAUCUUCAAGAGCAUCAGAGAAUCCACACAGGGGAGAAAACUUUUGAAUGCUCAGAGUGUGGAAAGAGAUUCAGUUGGAGUUCCAGCAUUCAAAAGCAUCAAAGAAUCCAUGCAGCAGAGAAACCUUUUGAAUGUUCAGGUUGUGGAAAGAGAUUCUGUCAGAGUUACAAUCUUCGACGGCAUCAAAGAACCCACACAGGA